UGUGGAAUUUCCUUGAGGAAAACACCAGGAAAUUAAAAAUUAAAUUGAAGAACCUAAUGGACAAACUUUGGGUUCGUCAGUUAGGUCAUUUUCAUCCCAUAUCAUUGCUUAAAAUGACAUGCAAUGAUGACCGUAACACAGAUCUGGCUAUUUUUGGUUUAUGGUAGGCUUGUCGAACCUUUAGGAAUUUGCUCCCCAGAAAAGGGUGAAGACAAAUGCUGUACUAAUUACAGACUAAUCGGAAACAAUUGCACACCCUGUGUCGGUAGCUACGGUAUCCACUGUUCACAUGCCUGUCCUCCUGGUUACUGUGGACAACAGUGCAGAACAACAUGUCAGUGUGCUGUCUGCGAUAGUCACAACUGUACUUGUAGAAAAGGAACAACAUUGAGUUAUGAAGAUCCCAUCAGUGCCAAUCCUUCUUCUCAAAUCAUCCUGUUUGCUAUUAUUAUUAUUCCUGUUGUUGGAGUGUCCUUGACGAUUCUGAUAUGCUGGAUCUUUAUUCGCAGGAAUCCAAGUUGUACAAAACGAAGACGAACUCUGCACAAAAUAGAAAUACAACCAGCUGUAGAAGAAGGCACAGCUCAGGAUGACGUCAGCUAUGCCGCAAUUAGGGAAUCGCAGAUGUGUUUAGAUGUGAAGAGCAACGCAAAUACCCUGAAGAAUAUCCAACAUAGCCGUCCACCCGACAACAUAUAUGAUGCGUCAAGUCAUUGAAGAUCAGGAGGUUACGGGGCUGUAUUAAUUGGACAUAUAAUGAUUAAAACCAUAAUAUAUCUACAGAUAUGAGAUCGUCAUCAUAUUAGAUGUCAUGGAGAAUUUGUUGAAGAACGAAUUUGUACCCUUUGUUCCGAAAAUAGUGUAGAAGACGAAAUUCAUUUUCUAAUACACUGUCCUCUGUACUACGAGUAUCGAUCAAAACUGUUUGAAAACACUGGAUUUAACCAAAUGCUAUUACGGUCAGAUAAGGAUGUAUUAUGCAUGCUAAUUUCAAAUUACCCUCGCCAGGUUGCAAAGUAUUUGUAUUCUUCAUUAAUGCGGAGACAGUCAGUUAUUUUCAAAACUUAAGAAUGUAAAUUAUGUGUUUAUGUAUCAGCGUCUACAUACAUGUACAUAUGGUUUCAUACUUUUCCCAUUAUCUCAAAAAACACAUUGAUGAACUUGGUACUGCAGGUAUUUACUUACAACAUGUAUGUAUGUUUUCAUUUUUGUUUUUCCUUUAUUUCUUAACGCGGUGCUUCUUCUUUUCUUUAUGUACUGCAUUUAAGUUUUGUGUUUAAAGUGGCUUAUAGGCCCGAUGGGCCGGGUGUUUGAUUUAUUUUACACCGUCUGUUAACAUAAUGUUUGUGAAUAUACUCAUGUCACUAUAAAUAAAAAAAACUACUACUACUACUA